GCACAAAGUAACGCGUAUAUACGGCCUCUCCUUUAGUAACUGUGAGUAGCUGAACACCCGUGACGAGUCUGUCUGCUAGCAGAUACAGAUCUGCUGAGGCUUGACAACUUUGGCGUCACAGUUGGAGCAGGAUGAAUCCUGAAAUGAUGAAGAUGGCUAUGGAUUCCAUGUCUCGUCUAACUCCCGCUCAGAUGGCGGAAAUGCAGCGGCAGAUGGCUUCAAUGCCCCCGGGCUUCUUGGAGAAGCAGAUGCAGGCAAUGCAGGGCAUGAGUCCAGACGUCCUUCAGCAACAGAUGGCUGCGGCCGAUCGCAUGGAUCCAGCCGCAAUGGACCAGCAAUUGAAGGGUGCGGCUGCAAUGGCGCGACAGCAAGAGGAGUACCAGGUUCGUGCUUCCAACCAGCUUAAAGAAGAAGGUAACCGGCUCUUCAGUGCGCAGAAGACCACAGAGGCAAUAGAGAAAUAUCAGCGUGCCAAGUCCAACCUUUCAGGUCACACAAGCCAGAGCGCUACCGACAUCGCUUCGAAAUGCAUGCUGAACUUGGCCUCUUGUUACUUGCGCCUGAACGACUACAGGGCGUGCAUCACUGAGUGCUCUGAAGUACUCAAGACAGACCCCAACAAUAUGAAGGCUCUGUACCGGCGCGGCCAAGCUCACUUGGCCCUCCACAGCCAGGCAGCAGCAGUAGCUGAUCUGAGGAAGGCUCUGGCACGGGCCCCAGAAGCCGAGCAGCCAUUGAUAGAAGAAAAAUUGAGGGAGGCAGAGGAUGGGCUCGUCACAGCUGAGGAGGUGGCAGAAGGCGUCGCUGACACAGAAUCAGAAGCACAAGCGGAUGCAAGGUCAAACGCUGAGGCGUCCACAAGCGGCGGGCUCACUGCUACAUUGCCCUCCGCCCCUGCUUUCCCUAUGGAUCCCAGCCAGAUGCAGCAAGCCAGGGCAAGCGGAGGAGCAGGACUGCCUGACGGCAUUGAGAUGUCUCCAGAAGCAAUGCAGUCUGCCAUGCAGACAAUGGCCGGAUUGGAUCCAAAGGACCUGGAAGGGAUGGUCUCCAAGAUGCAAGCCUCCGCUGGUGGAGCCUCAGCCGGCGGUACCAAUGCUGGCACCUCGCCUCUGAUGGGUCCUGACACUGACCAAUUCAAGCAGGCUGCCGCCACCCUUCAGGCCAACCCCGAGCUCAUGUCACAUGCCAUGAAAAUGUUUGGCCAGAUGGAUUCUGAGCAGCUGGCCGCGAUGACAGCGACGAUGAGCCGAAGUGGGCAGGGUGGACAGCCCUCAGCUGCAGCCAUGUCCAAGAUGCUGGCUGACCCCCAGAGCGCCAAGAUGAUGAAGGAUAUCAUGUACAAUCUCACCCCGGAGCAACUUGCUUCCAUGUCGGAAGCGGCAGGCCAGCACUUGACUCCAGACCAGGCAGAGGAGAUGUCCAAGAAGAUCAGAAACCUCUCUGACAAGCAGGUUGAGCUGCUGCUCAAGGGAGCUUCAUGGCUCAGCAGGGGAGCUACUCUUGCUCAGCAAGUGAAGGCCAAAAUCAUGCGGAACAAAUUGCUGAUGUUAGGUUUCCUGUUGCUCCUUGUAGCUGUCACCCUGCGGUACUUCAAAGUGUUGGUAUAGCAUGCCAUUUGCAUUCAUUGUUGCAGCCGCGGCACUGCUACAUGCAUGGGGCUGCCUGUCAUGUUGCACCACCCUGUUCUGUGCAUAGCCUUAGAGGUGCACCAAUAUAACUCCUGUAAACUCAACUGAUUGAG